AUGCCAGGAGGAUUGUAUGAUCCUUUGUUGGCCCCAAUGGAUGAACAAGCACCCUGUAAGUCAUGUGGGCAACAAUCAUUUCAAUGCCCAGGGCAUUGUGGUCACAUUGAUCUUGUUUCACCAGUAUACAAUCCAUUGCUUUUUGAUAUGCUUUUCACUCUUAUAAGGAAAACAUGCUUCCUUUGUCGCCAUUUUAGAGCAGGAAAAGAAGAGGUCAAUGUUUGUACGUCUAAACUAAUGAAGAUAGCAAAAGGUGAUGUUUCUGGGGAUAAAGAUUAUGUUAUCAAUAAUUCAGAUGCCAAAGACAUUGAUCUAGAGGACAAUGAUGGUAGCCAUGGUUCAAGUUCCAUAUUACAUUCUGGUUCACAAAGUGAAAUGAGUUGUAUGUAG